AUGACUGUAAGAACAAACGACCGCCUUGAAAGCCAGAUGGGAGCCUACGCUGUCCUCUACGGCCUGGCCAAACUGAACGGCUACGAACCUUACAUCCGAAAAGAUAUGUACAGAAUCCUGUCUCCGUUAUUUCGACUGACGCUACCGAUCAUGGAUCAAACGAUAGAAAACAUUACCUGGACAGACUUCAGCGUUAAUGAAUGGAUGUCUGACAGUUACCUCAACAUUGCACCGCAGUUCGUGCAGCUCCGUGUCUACUUCUGUUCGUGGACAUUCUUCCACCAGUACCGAAGCGAAAUCCUUCGGGACUUCAGCUUCCACGACCACGUCAAGAGACGGUCCUGGAGCACGCUGGCCAAGCUGAAGGGUAGCAGGAAGGACCCCACGUACAUCGGCGUUCACGUGCGACGCGGUGACUACGUCACGGCGAACAUCGACCACGGACUCAGAGCGGAUAAACCUUACCUGGAUAAAGCGAUGACGUAUUUCAGGGUCAAGUACCAUGAACCCGUGUUCGUGGUGGCCAGCGACGGAGUAGCCUGGUGCCGCGAGAACAUCGAUGCCACCAGAGGUGACGUGUACUUCGCCGAAGAGUUCAACGAAUCGUCACCGGGUUACGACCUAGCACUCCUGGCUCACUGCAACCACACCAUUAUGACCACCGGGAUCUUCGGCUUCUGGGCCGCCUACUUAGCCGGGGGUGAAACCAUCUAUUUCCACAGCGUCGUUGCUCCGGACUCCAAGUGGUGGAAGAUUUUCGAACCUGAGGCACAUUAUUUGCCAGAGUGGAUUGAUAUGCAGGCAAACUUAUCUUCCCUUCAGCUGAUAUCGCCGGCGAAGAAUAAAAACCAGGACGCAGACGGUGCAGAUAAACGUGUUAUAUCGCAGGGCAGCUGA